GUGAUGCCAUUAAUAAUUCUUUCCCAGUUGAUGUUAAAGAAGGUACGACCUUUGGGCAUCUCAAGGAAAUCAUUAAAAAGAAGAAGGAGCCCGGUUUAAACCAUAUAAUCGCGGAUGAACUGAAGCUAUGGAGUGUGAAUAUUCCUGUCGAAGAUGAAGAUCUGGAAACCAAAAUAUACGCCGAAAAUAUCAAAGAACAAUACCAAGUUUCGUCGAUACACAUCCCUUCUGACGAAGUUAAAAUUGAAAUUAAAAACAAAGUUAUAAGGACCUUCCCAAACGUAGAUGAAUCUUCAAUUGACAAGCUUGUUUAUGCGCUCGCUUUGAUCUGGGACAUUAAGACAGAGAAAAAUGACUCUCCGGGCCCACAAAACGACCCGUAUGUUAAACUGAAGGAGGAGCCCUCUUUUUUCAAAGCACGAUUACCUCGAGGUAUAACCAAACAAACUCUCACAACAGUUGAUUUGUGUCUCCCUUCAUAUGAAUCCGGAACAGUGAAUUAUCAUAAUCCCUUUUACGAUGAUCCGCAAUUCAAAGAAGCAGUUUCUUUUGUGAAAGAAAAGAUCGAAAAUAAUAUUGGAGACUUAAUCGUGCUUGCCGGAGUUUCGGGUGGUGGAAAAACAACGACAACGUUUGGAAUAGCUAUACAACGUUGGUCAAUAUAUAUUGAUUUUUCUCCUAGCGCAGGAACGUAUGGCGACCAUGUAGGGAGAGAGCUUGAAACAACCAUAUAUGAACGACCAAAGUUUGAACAGCAUGAUAAGCAAAGGCAUGUAUUUCGUAUGCUGGACUGGGUAAUACUCUCACGCGGACUUUUACUUAUAAAGAUGCUUAUCGAGAAAAAUAUUUUGACGCCAAAAGAAUGGCUGUUUGCACAGCUUCGAAUGAAUGACUAUAGGAUACGAACGAAAUUGACUCACGAAAAUUAUGAUAUCAUUGAUGCUAAUGAACUUAUUGAAAGUAUCAAUGCUUGUCUCAAUGUAGAGUCUCUAACCUUAAUAUUUGAUGAGGCGCAAGUCCUAUGUAGAUCCAAAUAUGGAGAAUACAAAGGGAGCUCAGUUCCAAACAAAAAACGGAAUCUCUUGCAGGCUUACAUUGAACAUCUUACCCAUCUUCCCGUUACCUGUCUUCUUGCCGGUACUUACAUGCAUAUGUCAAGUGGAAUUUUUCUUGUUACUAGUGUUGGAAAAAUACGAGGUUUGAAGGAUCAUAUUGUGCUAAAGCUUCCCUUCCUUUCACAUAAUGAUGUCCUGCGGAAUCUCAAUGCUGUAAUUGACCUGACAGAUGUUUCACCCAAAAUUCUUAACUUCUUGGGAUGUCUUCUCAGGGGACGACCUCGAAAUUGUGCAUCAUUUGUUGGGCUGUUAAUAUCAGAGCGGAUUUCAGUUAAUAAGACGAAAGAUCAAAAAAACCAAGAAAUUAUUGAACUUCUUGAGAAGUGGUAUAAAAUGAUUCGAAUGGACAUGGCAGAAUAUUUGGAAAAUGCGUGUAAAUAUUUGGAUGCUAAUAAUCUCAAUCCAUAUAGAGCAAUUAUAGAUAUUCUUAGGCUUCGUGUUUUUUAUAAUCAAAAGUACGAAUCAGCCAUAAAGCUACUUCAACACAGCAUCAUUCCUUGCAAGUCACCAGAAUGUAUCACUCUUAGAUCUAGUAAACCUACUCCUGAUAUAAUUGAAAUCAACACAUCACUUGAAUCUUACCUCGUCUCUAGCAUAGAACUUUUUCUUAAAAACACAAGAAGAAAAACUUUGGUAGAAGUUUUUAUUAAUGAAAUUAUCAGGGUCGAUGGAAUUCCAUCAAUUGGGAAUGAAUUCGAUUCAAUCUUUAUUACAGCAAUCAUUCAAAAACGUGGGCUUAAUGCGCGAGAGGAACUUGACAGGUGGAAAAAUGGCCAACAAUUUGAUCUUCCUUCAUGGAUCAAUCCCACGAUGAAAUUUGUAACAAUUUCAAAUCUAUCAAGAGCAGUUCCUAUAGCCAAAUAUGUUGAAGAUGAAACCUAUCGUUAUUAUGCAAUCCAACCAGACACCUAUUCAGGGUCGGACUUGAUAAUUUCUCUUGUGGAUGAUAAGCAAAAU